UUCCAUUGCCAAAAAUGCAAACGACGUUGUAACGUGCUGGGACAGGCUAUAUUUGCAGUAGCAUAAAGUCACAAAACUUCAAAAUGGCGGAUCGUGAAGCUGAGAAUGAAGAGGAGGUAUAUGAGGUGGUGGACAUAACAGAAUAUGCGAGACGUCAACAGUGGUGGGGACGCCUGUUUGGAAACAACUCGGGCCCCAUGGCAGAGAAAUAUUCGGUGGCCACACAGAUCGCCAUAGGUGGAGUGAGCGGAUGGUGUGCAGGUUACGUAUUUCAGAAAGUUGGAAAGAUUGCAGCCACAGCUGUGGGUGGAGGAUUCCUGUUGUUACAGAUAGCCAACAACAGUGGCUAUGUACAGGUGGAUUGGAAAAGAGUGGAGAAGGAUGUCAACAAAGCCAAGAAACACCUGAAAAAGAGGGCUGAUCAAGCAGGACCAGAGCUCAACUCGUUCAUUGAGGAUUCCUCAGAGUUUGUGAAGAAAAACGUUGUCGUCACAAGUGGAUUCAUCGGAGGGUUUUUACUUGGCCUGGCAUCAUAGGUGCUCAUUCCUGCUGUAGAGAACCAACCAACCACCCGUGGCUGUGAAACUUUCCCUCUUCAAAUGCUGGUGUUGACCAACACUGUCAUCAGCAUGAACCAAAGUGUUACACAUUAACAGCAAACAGAUUAUCACAGCUGUAUGUCUACCAUUGGGUGAGGCCUAAGUGUAUAUCCUAUAUGCCAUAGAGGUAUAAAUAUAUAUCUCCAUGCUAAAUGUACUGUUUCUACCACAUCAGAAUGUUCAUGUUGGUGCCACUAUGGGUUAUAGCGUGAGAAAAACCCCAUCCCUUUCGAGGCACUCUGCAGUGUUCAUUGUAGAUGCAGAUGUACCUAUCCAGGGGUUUAAUAGCUCAGACAGUGAGACUUUGGGGCAUAUUUAUUGCUCUGUUUGGGCCUGGCCAUAUACUGCACAAUAAUGUAUGCAUUGUUAAAUACAAUCAUAUCUGUCGCUGUUAGGUGGCAAUACAAUAUGCUGGAAAUACAGAAAAAUUAUAUAAUAUUGUUUUAUUCUAUCGCCCUGGUUCUGCUUGAAUGUGUCCAUGGCACUCCCAGGCAUAGUUACAUAGCACUUGCCAUGCACAUUUUAUGUUUUGUAAUAAAAGUACUUGAAUUUCACUUUGA